AAUCAUAACGAGCGGUAUGAAGUUAGCAAUUCCUUUGUUUAUAUUCGAACACGACGGUAGAGUUUAAUGAUUUCUAUGAUAAUUUAUAUAUAAAACAUUUUUUGUAAAUAAUAAAUAAGAAUAAAAAUUUUAAAAAUGAAUUACGGUGUUUCCGCCGAAGCUAAAAUGAACUUGUCUGCUCUUCAACGAGUAGACCCUUAUGCAAAUCGUAUCGUGCAAACGGCCGGCCAUGUCGCUCUGUAUUCGUUCAAUGCCGAUUCAAACGUGUGGCAAAAAACCAAUAUCGAAGGAACAUUGCACGUUUACGCGCGAUCGGCCGAACCUUUACACAGCGUAAUGAUUAUGAACAGACUGAAUACGAACAAUUUAACGGAACCCAUUGAAACGGGGCUGGAUCUUCAACUUCAAGUACCGUUUUUGUUGUACAGAAACGGUAACGGUACGAUUUACGGUAUAUGGUUUUAUGACAAAGACGAAUGCACUAGAAUAUCUACAAUGUUGAAAUCGUUAAUAAAACAUUUGAUUCCUAAACAAAACGAUACGUCUACCAGACUCGAAUGCAAUCCUACAAGAAAUAUCGAUCUCGUUUCAAUGCUCAGCAAAGCGCAAGAAGAUUACAGAGCCAAUAAAAUUGUUUCAAAGGGAAUCGGUACGUCAUCGCUAAAAAACGAAGAAGACGCUCCGCCACAAUGCGUAAUGGAAUUUUUUGCCAAGGCGGGAAGUGGAAAGAGAUUUUCUGAUGGACUGCCACCUCUGUCGAGUUAUGCCGGUUCGCAAAAUUCUACAUUAAAUGUCGGAUCCAAAGAUAAUACAACGAUUCAUAAACCGAUAGAUAGCCCGAUUCAUACAGUCGAACAAAUCGAAAUGCGAGUACGAUCAUUGACUCCUACCAUAGAUGUACCAGUAGCUCUGUCAGUGUCUGAAAGAGUUCAGUCGGUUAAUCAAUGUUCUAUUGACAACACAAAACCUAAACAUUCAUCUAAUCAAAUGACUCAUUGUCGAGAAGAAAAUGAUAUGCAUAUUCACUGUAAUGGAUACCAUCAAUCCAUAGAAAAUCAAUACAACAAAACAUUAAUUGAACAAUUUCUCAAUGCUAACGAGUCUUUUAUUGAAAAAUCUGAAAUAGCAAUUGAUUCGGUUUCUACCAUGAGUAAAGAAGUGGAAUCGCAAGUAGAAUCUGAAGAUUUAAUGCCACCUACUAGAUUUAUUAUGGAAGAUUUUGAAGACGAACUCGUAACGUCUUCGGUCAGUGCAGUGGCGCUCGACGAAUCUAAACCUUUAGCGUCCAAACUAGAACCUUUAACUAAAAAUCAGUUACUGCAAGCUUUUGAUUAUCUAUUAAAAAACGAUCCGGAAUUUAUGUUAAAAAUACACGAAGCCUACGUUAAAUCGUUAUUAAGAAAUUAACAUAUAGCGUAUAUAUGUACAUAAUUAACAUAUAUUUUAUCACUCGAAUAGAACACACGAUAUCGAAAAAUAAUUAUUUGACAGAUACGAAAUUACAUAUUGUAUAAACGAUGAUUUUUUGUUUCCAUAAAAUAAAGGGAACGUUUUAAUAAAGAACAAA